AUGGGUCACCCCUGGAGGAGAGCCCUACAGUCGUCAGUACCCGUCGCAUUCCCAGCUGCACGGGACUUUGGCCAAGGGCGGGUCCCCUGCACACAUCCUUCCCCCGCCCCACUGGGGAAGCUGCUUGGGGAGAAGUGGCACGUGUUCUUGGCCAAGGACUUUGGGACAGUGGCAGCUUCGUCUGUGGGCGUAACCACAUGUGUUUUCUUUGUUUUGAAACAGGUCCUGCCUGGCAUUCUGCAGAAGCAUUGCUGCAUCUUACCAGACAGGAAUACAGAGUCGCAGUGCACGCUGUGCGGGGAGCCGGAAGAGGAGGACGGCGGGGACCUGGUCCAGCCCGGCAUCGGCUUCCCAGGGCCGGCGGACGAGGAUCUAGACCAGCCGUGCACAUGGCCUCUGACGCCACACUUCGAUGACGAGGGACACUCCUCCACCCCCAGCAGCAUGAAAGGCUUGACCGGGAGCCGGAAUCAGCCGCAGCUGUGUCCCGGCCACACCUGCGGGUUCACAGCGCUGGACGGCUGUUCACACGCCCACGAGCUGGCCCUCCAUGGGCCGGAGGCCAGGCGGCCCUACCUGCUCAGCCCCACGGACAGCUGCCCCGGGGACCGUCACCGCUGCUCCCCCAGGAGCUCCGUCCACUCCGACUGCAUGAUGGUGCCUGUGGUGCUGGGCGACCACGUGUCCAGCAGCACGUUCCCCAGGACGCACUGCAGCUCACAUUACGACACGAGAGACGACUGCGCCGUGUCCCACGCCAGCGCGAAAACCCACCGGAUCCCGGCCAACCUGCUGGACCAGUUUGAGAAGCAGCUGCCACUGCACAGGGACGGGUUCCACACGCUGCAGUACCAGAGGGCGUCGGCCCCCGAGCCCCGCGGCGAGAGCCCCGGCCGCAUCCGCCACCUCGUCCACUCCGUGCAGAAGCUCUUCACCAAGUCCCACUCGCUCGAGGGCGCGUCCAAGGGCAACGUCAACGGCAACAAGGGGGACGGCCGCGUGGACGACCACCACGGCCGCCACGCCAAGCACGGCAGACGCAGCAAGAGCAAAGAGCGGGUGCCCGAGGCCAAGCCGCGGUCGGGGCUGGGCAGCUGGUGGAGCUCCGACGACAACCUGGACAGUGAUAGCACCUACCGCGCGGCUAGCGUGGCUGCCAGGCAUUUCGCAGACCACGGCCCCCACUGCUACCCUGAGCCGUUCCUGGGCCCCUUCGCAGGCCUCUCCCUGAAGCCCUCCAAGAGCAACAGCGACGUCAAGUGCUCGGCCUGCGAGGGCCUGGGCAUGGCGCCCGAGGCCACCUACAUGAAGCGGAGCUCCUGGUCCACGCUGACCGUGAGCCAGGCCAAGGAGGCCUGCCGCAAGAGCUCCCUGAACUUGGACAGGCCCCUGGCCCACCAGGACAUCAAGCCGCCCCUGCGGCCGUGCCACUACCUCCAGGUGCCGCAGGACGAAUGGGGAGGCUACCCCACGGGCGGCAAGGACGAGGAGAUCCCGUGCAGGAGGAUGAGAAGCGGGAGCUACAUCAAAGCCAUGGGCGACGGGGACAGCGGAGAGUCGGACUCCAGCCCGAAGACGUCACCCACGGCGGCCAUGCGGCCGGAGCCUUUGCUGCAGUCGGUGGGACAGAGGCCGCUGGGAGACCUGCAAACCCAGAGCUACCUGCAAGCUGCAAGUGACGGGCCUGCCGGCCACAGCCUGGACCCCUCUGCCCACUACAACUCCCCGAAGUUCCGGUCCCGAAACCAGAGCUACAUGAGAGCCGUGAGCACGCUGAGCCAGGCCAGCUGCGUGAGCCAGAUGAGUGAAGCGGAGCUGAACGGGCAGCUGGAGUCGGUGUGCGAGUCCGUGUUCAGUGAGAUGGAGGUGCAGGCCAUGGACGCCCUGGGCCUCCCCGGCUGCUUCCGGACGCGGAGCCACAGCUACCUGCGCGCCAUCCAGGCCGGCUACUCGCAAGACGACGAGUGCGUGAUCACGAUGCCGCCGUCCACCGCCACCCCCACCGCCAGGCCCGCGGCAGCUGCCUCAUAUACAAAUUACAAGAAGACGCCGCCCCCUGUCCCCCCACGGACCACCUCCAAGCCUCUGAUCUCGGUGACGGCACAGAGCAGCACUGAGUCCACGCAGGACGCCUACCAGGAUGGCCGUGCCCAGCGGAUGGUCCCGUGGGCCCAGGACGGCCGUGGCCUCUACAACUCCACAGACAGUCUGGACAGCAGCAAGGCCUUGAACCUGGCGCUAGAGACGGCCGCCGCCCAGCGCCACGCGGAGAGCCAGAGCGACCAGGCCAUCCUGGCGUCCAGGGCCGAGGAGUUCUCCAGGGGCUCGCGCCCCUCCAUCGGGGUCCAGGACUCUGAAUUCCCAGAGCGCCAGCCAUAUCCAAGGUCAGAUGUGGAGACCGGCACGGACUCGGACACGGAGAGCCGCGGCCUGCGCGAGUACCACUCGGUCGGCGUGCAGGUGGAGGACGAAAAGCGACACGGGCGUUUCAAGCGUUCCAACAGCGUGACGGCCGCGGUGCAGGCGGACCUGGAGCUGGAGGGCUUCCCCGGCCGCGUGGCCACGGAGGACAAGGGCCUGCAGUUCGGCCCGUCCUUCCAGCGGCACUCGGAGCCCAGCACGCCCACGCAGGGCGGGGCCGUGCGGACCAUCAUAGGCUCGCUGAGCACGGUGACUGUAUUUGGUAGCCUAUCAUCUGCCAGCACGGCCUGGACUGUGCCUGGCACAGCGCCCAACGCCGAGCUCUGCAAGAAGGUUCUCGGCAAGAUCAGGAGUGCCGUGGGCAGCGCCCAGCUGCUGAUGUCGCAGAAGUUCCAGCAAUUCUACUGGCUCUGCCAGCAGAACACGGACCCCAGCGCCAUGCCCAGACCGACGUCGCAGGACCUGGCCGGGUACUGGGACAUGCUGCAGCUGUCCGUGGAGGAUGUCAGCAUGAAGUUCAGCGAGCUGCACCAGCUGAAGCAGAACGGCUGGAAGGCGCUCGAGUCUCCAGAGAGAGAGGAAGAAAGGAAGGUUCCCCCUCCAAUACCAAAGAAGCCCCCCAAGGGGAAGUUUCCCAUUACGAGAGAGAAGUCCCUGGACCUGCCCGACAGACAGCGCCAGGAAGCGCGGCGGCGCCUCAUGGCGGCCAAGCGGGCGGCCUCGUUCCGCCAGAACGCGCGAUACCCCGAGGGCGGCCAGGUCAGCGAGGAGACGGAACCUCCCAGGAUGACCUCCCAGCGGCCCGCGGUGCUGCCGGGACCUGCAGAGGCUCUGGGUGCCCUGCUGGGGGAGCCUGCGACAGGCUUCCGAGCCUCCGCCUCCUGUCACGUUUGUUUCCGGCCACUCCCCCCACAGUCACCGCCAGGGCCACUGGGUCCGAGCUGCGAGGGGGGUGGGCCCUCCGACUGGUGCUGGGCCCCUGGGCCCCCAGGACAGGCGGGGUUUCCUCGCACGGGGUCUGCCACCCCCAGUUCCCGCGGGACGGUGGCCCUGGAGAGCUGGGUGUCCCUCACCGCAGCUGUCAUCCGGACCUCGUGCCGGGAGGACCAGCGGCAGCCCCGCCAGCCCCACGCCUACCAGCACGAAAGCCCAGGGGCCAGACUUGACCGGAGGCCCGAGGAGGGGGUGGUCCAGGUGACGAGGGCCUUUGGCGACCCCGAAAGAACAGCUGGCUCUAUGGCCCUUGCUCCAACAUGA